AUGCCAGUUUUUCAAGAAUCAUGUGCCGAGCAAAUACAAGCACAAACGAUAGUGAUAAUUCAUCCUGGAUCGAUGUACCUGAGAAUGGGGAGAGCGUCGGACUUGAAUCCCUGCACGAUACUGAACGCCGUCGCCAGAAGACGCUUGCCCGGUGGACUCGAAUACAAAGACAGUUUGUUGCCUCCCGCGAUACCACGAACGAAAGAACUUACACAAGCAAUGGAGGAAUCGCGACUGCAGGUAUCUCACACGUUGCAGUCUUGCCUUCAGUCCGACGGAAGACGAAGAUACGCGACACCGCCGCAACAGAUAGCCGCUUUCAACCGUAGAUCGAACGCGGAGAUAUCUUCGCCUUGCAGCGUCGAAUGGAUAAAGACUGACAAAGAUGUCGUCGUCGGAGACGAUGUGCUGUCGUUGAAUCCGGAGGACAACUUCAACGUUCAUUUUCCAUACAGGAGAGGAGAACUGAACGUGCACUCUGGUCCCGGUGGAAGCCUGCGAUCGGUCAUGGCCGAUUUGAAAACCAUCUGGGAAUACGUCCUCACAGAGAAGAUGGACAUUCCUCUGAGAGACUUGAAACACUACCGAGCCGUUCUUAUAAUUCCAGACAUUUACAACCGACAGUAUUUGAAAGAACUUACUACGUUGAUGCUCUGCGAGGUCGGAUUCGGCGCUUGUUUCCUACUGCAGGAUCACGUAGCGGCGACGUUCGGAGCGGGCUUAGGGUUCGCGUGCGUGGUCGACGUCGGAGACCAGAAGACUUCGGUCUCCUGCGUGGAGGACGGGAUCUCUCAUCGGAACACCCGGGUGCGAAUGGAUUACGGCGGCGGAGACAUUACCCAGACGUUCUUCUGGUUACUGCAGAAAUGUGCAUUCCCGUACAAGAGCUGCGACCCUUACAACAAGCUGGACGCCUUACUCUUGAAUCAACUGAAGAAGGACUUCUGUCACGUCGAUUUGAACAUAUGCGGAUCGCAGGAGAAGACAUUCGUGGUUCGGAAACCGAAGCAGCAGACCGAGAAGUAUACCAUUCAAGUCGGCGACGAAUGCCUGGUGGCGCCGUUGAGCCUGUUCCAGCCCGAAUUGUUCAAAGUGUCCGGUACGCACAGCGUACACAUACAAAAGAGGUCGAUGGGAGACCCGGAAGAUCCUCACGACGAGAACUACUUGCGAGAGACAAGUAGGAGAGGCAUGAAGGAGAACCUGGAACAAACAUCUGAGCUGCAAGAAGAAGCGAGUGCUCCUAUCGUGACGGGAGAAGAGGAAGUGGUCGUGGACGCGGUGGAUUCCGCGCCGAUCGCUCUGUCGAAUCGGGAUCUGGACGCUCCGCGAGAUUUCGUGGUCGGUCCCCAACAGUUGCUGGGUCUCGACCACGCCGUGCUUCAGAGCAUCGAUCGAUGUCCUACGGAGGAUUUGAAGAGGAAAAUGUACAGCUGCGUACUUGUCGUUGGAUCGGGUAUGAAGUUUCAAGGAAUAGGAAUGUGGCUGCACAACCGAAUUUCUCUUCAAAUUCCGUACAUGUACAGGGCCGAACAAUUGGAUAUCAUAACGCAACCGAAGGAAAUGGAUCCCGGAAUGACAGCGUGGAAAGGAGCCGCGAUCUUGAGUUGUUUGGAGUCGGCACAAGAAUUAUGGAUCGGGAGGCAAGAGUGGGAACGCACCGGUGUCAGAGUAUUGAGAGAAAGAGCACCGUUCAUGUGGUAAACGCGUCGGUAGACUUACAAUUGUCAUUGAUUCACACGUCAUCCAAAGCAUCUCAUACACUUUUGUAUUACGUAGAUUUAAACGAUCGAAAAUAAAGAUUUACUUUGUAAACAUUUA